UUUUGUUUUUUUGUCCUAUAAUUUUUUGUUUCUUUCUUUCGCUACUCUUAGUCGCUUCCUAGAUUUACUAGAGGGUCCAUUGAAUUCUGAGAAAUUACAAAGUAAAAGAAUACUGCUGCAUGUUCUUUGAUUUAACGUGGAGUUUCAGUAUCUAUCACUGAAAUUUUUUGAAAUCUCAAACCCAUUUAGUCUUAGAAGAAAAGAAAGAUUAUCUUAGGGUGAGUUUGUCAGGGGGGGAGAAGAAAAAGAAAGAAAAAGACUUGCUAAAAACAAGAAAUCUGUAGCAGCAUUAAAUAGCAACCGAAAUAAUACAUGAGCAUUGACAAUGAAUAGAAUCCUGAUCAUUUAAGAAACCCAAACGCAAUGCCCCGCCAACCUCUCCUACUGAACCAAGAAGCUGCCUCUCCCAAACUUGAAUUGCUUUACGCCAACUCUCUCUUCACUGACUCAUAUCAUAUAUGCAUAUAUAUAUAUACAUAUUAAUACAACAUAGAGUAUAUUACUGAAAGAAAGAAAGAGAAAGAUAUGGGUGCUUCAUGGAAUUCAAUUGCUCUCAAAAUAACAUACCAAAUCCUUGGUUGGGUGGCCUUUGUUUCUUGGUCCAUUAGUUUCUAUCCACAAGUCAUCUUGAAUUUCCGGAGGAAAAGCGUGGUGGGGUUAAACUUCGAUUUUUUAGUGUUGAAUCUGACCAAGCAUUCCUCUUAUUUGAUAUAUAAUGCUGCUCUUUACUUUAGCUCUGCUAUUCAGAAACAGUAUUUGGACAAGUAUGGCCAUAAACAGAUGAUACCUGUAGCUGUAAAUGAUGUUGCCUUCUCAAUACAUGCUGUUCUGUUGACGGCAAUUACACUCUUCCAAAUUGCAAUAUAUGAACGAGGACGUCAAAAGGUCUCUAAAAUUGCUAUUGCAAUCGUGUGUAUUGUUUGGGUAGCUGCUGCAGCUUGCCUUUUUGUAGCUCUGCAUCAUCACUCGUGGCUAUGGCUCAUCUCUGUCUUCAGCUCAAUUCAAGUUUGCAUGACGGGCAUCAAGUACAUACCCCAGGCAAUAAUGAACUUCAUGAGAAAAAGCACAGAUGGAUUUAGCAUUGGCAACAUUUUACUCGAUUUUCUUGGAGGAGUGACAAAUUAUGCCCAGAUGGCUGCACAAUCUAUAGAUCAACAUUCUUGGGUGAAUUUCUACGGCAACAUAGGGAAGACACUGCUGUCUUUGGUGUCGAUAUUCUUUGACCUUCUUUUCAUGUUUCAACAUUAUAUCUUGUACCCUGCCAAGAAGAAGAAGGAGAAUGCCUCCCCUGAAACGGAAAGAGACUCUGCAGCAGAGCCACCAUCUUCCCAAUUACAAAACGUGUGACACUUAACUGGCUUGGGUUGGGAGACACCAUCAUCAAGCAUUUACAGAUUUGUAUAAAUACAACUGUACAUGCUCUGAUGUGAUCCUGUAAUUAGAGGCUUUACAUUUUACUUGAACACAUAAAUAUGAAAAUUCUUUUCCUUUCUCUGCGAGUAUACAUAUACAUAUAUAUAUAUAUAUUUCCAUUCUUUUCGUCA